UCAUCCUCGUCUCCUCCGAGUCGCAUUGUGUUUGGCCCAGCCACCCGGAGCAAGCAAACCCUAGUAAAACCGCCCGGCGCCAGCCCCACCCGCAAAAUCUUUCCCGCCAUUUCGUCCACCAUUUCCCACCACCACCCCGCCUCGCUGGGCCCCCAGAUUCCUCGCCUUCCUCCCUCCCCAAACCCACGCCGCCGGGCAACCACCCCCGCACGGCCGCACACCAGUUACCCACUUACCCUCGACUGCGCAAGCGAGUGAACAGCGGCAGGGCGAUGGAGGCAGAGAUCCGCGCCGAGUUCGAGAGCAGCGGCUUCUCCAUCGGGGGCGCCGGCCCCGAGGACGCCGCCCAGAUCCUCUCCACGCUGCUGACCUACUGCAUCAACUACAAGAUGAGCCCCGCGGACCUCGUCUCCAACUGGGAGGUCUACUACCUCAACAGGCAAUUGGAUGGCUUAAAGCUCGAAAGGUCAUAUCUUGAUGGUUUUCUUUCACACCUUCAAAAUGAAGUUAAAGAGAGGCUAAUAGAAGAAGAGGCCAACCUUCAUGUGUACUCCAGUAACGAUGUUGACAUGCUCGUUGACAAUUCACAUGCAGAUGAAGCGGCAUUUCUUGACACACCAGGCUCUAAACAGGAAAAGCCACCUGGAGAAUCAUCUAAUACUGAGUUGACUCCUCUGACAAGCGACAGACCAUCAUCCAGCAGAAUGGCCAAAACAAAUGGUGAACGUAUCACCCCUUUUGCUACACGAGUAAAUAAAUUUACUCAACAGUAUGUUCUUAAUUCUGAUAAUGCGGCCAGCAUGCCAAGUAAACAUGAGGCUGAAACCACAGAAGAUGAACUAAUUAGAAGAAUUCAGCCAAGUCAAAGAUGUUCCUUAGAAGUUCAGCGCUCACAGCCUGAACCAGGUUGCAGGUUCAUGUAUGACAGAAUGGAAGACAGAUUUAACUACUUGGAAGAUCGGAUACGAAAAUCGGCAACCUUGUUUUCUGCAUCUGGGUUAUGUGGAGAACCUGCAGAUGCUACCCUUGCUUCAGAGGAGAAAAUUUUUGCAGUCGGCAUGGUUACCUGUGAUGGGGAAGGUCGUCUGAAUGAAAAAUCUAUAUUGCUACAGGGCAGUGUUGAGCACUCAAGGGGAGAGCGUGUGCGCCUUGACUUGAAGGAUCUCGAUCACUUCUCUUUAUUUCCUGGGCAGGUGGUGGGUAUUGAAGGCCGCAAUCCCAGUGGACACUGUUUUGUUGCAUCAAAAUUGAUUGAUUCGAUACCAGUCUCUGUGGAUGCUCAACUUCCUAGUGCUAAGAAACAAGCUGUUGAUAAUGGAAGCCACCCCCAAAAUUCUGACGCUGGCACUCUGCCAAGAGCAUUGUCAUUGGUCAUCGCGGCAGGUCCCUACACAACAACCGAUAAUCUGUUGUUUGAGCCUUUGCAAGAACUUCUUUCAUAUGCUUGUCGUAAGCAGCCUCAACUGCUCAUAUUGAUGGGACCCUUUAUUGACUCUGAUCAUCCUGACAUAAAAAAGGGAACUGUUGACCAGUCCUUUCAUGAUAUUUUCUAUUCUGAAGUUCUGACAAAGAUUCAAGACUUUACCCAAUAUUUGGGGAACACUGUUCGUGUAAUUCUCAUUCCAUCUGUGCGUGAUGCUCACCAUGACUUUGUCUUCCCUCAGCCUGCAUUUGACUUGAAUUUACCAGAAGAUAUCACACAUCAGAUUUCUUCUCUGGCAAAUCCAAGUUUAUUCAGUUCUAACCAGAUACAUUUUGGCUGUUGUACGGUAGACAUCCUGAAACAGAUCAGCGGUGAGGAAAUUUCUCGCAAGCUACCUGGUGGAAAGCCUGGCGACAGGAUUGGGCGACUAGCAACGCACAUAUUAAAGCAACAAAGCUACUAUCCUCUAUAUCCUCCUGCUGGUGGUGUGCCAUUGGAUUUCUCACUUGCUAAGGAAGCCCUGGAGAUCUCAUCGACUCCAGAUGUUCUCCUGCUUCCUUCCGAUCUUGCUCCAUUUGUGAAGGUGCUCUCCCUUGGGGAAGGCAACGAUGAUCAGAAACAGUUUAUUUGCUUGAACCCUGGGAGGUUGGCAAAGGGUAUUGGUGGGGGCACAUUCGUGGAGCUUUACUACCAUGAGGACACCAGCAGGACGAAUGCCUCCAUCAUCCGUAUAUAGUUUUACCGGCACCGCAUAUCAACUAACAUGAACAAGAGGCUGAUUCUUGUGCUGUGGAAAAUGUACCAAAGGUUUGGUCUGAUUUGCCACCAGUGCCAGUAAGGAUUGAAGUGCUCAGAUUUAUUUUUGUGGCAAGCAUUGUUGGUGACAUGUAAAUUUUGCACGGAAAGCCAUCUCAGCAUGCCAUCACUUAGCGCAUGGCGGCAUUUCUGUUGUAACCAAGUACUGACUAGAAGAUCGACAUUAUUGUCAACUAACAACUGAUCUGAUCAUUUCCCAGUUUUGCCGUCCUAUUGGCUAUUGUAUAUCAGGAACUUCUAGGCAUGCUGACGCCCUUUGUGUGAUGACUGAUCCUUACUCGUUCAGUUUA